AUGUGGUACCAAACAUUUUUUCGUAAAAUCGUUUUUCUUUUAAUAAUAGGCACCAGUAGUGCCUUAUUGAACCAAUGUAUAUUACCACCGCCCGUAUGUCCCAACGCAAAUGUAACAUUCUUCCUGUACACACGAGCUAAUAAAGACAAUCCGCACCAACUGUUCGCACUCGACCCCCAGUCCAUCACGUCGGCUCCGUUUGUGAAGGAUGCCCCUAUCAAGAUUAUCAUUCAUGGCUAUACCAAGGACAAGGACUCCAUACCUAAUACUCUAUUACGACCAGCGUAUAUGGAGUGCUGCGACUAUAAUUUGAUAUCGGUAGACUAUGGCCCCCUGGCCCGUUCGCCGUGUUACAUUCAAGCGGUUGAUAACACGCAACUCGUGGCUAAUUGCACAGCCCAGUUGGUGAAUGUCCUGGUACAAGACUAUGGCUUCGAUCUGUCAAAAUUCCAUGUUAUUGGAUUCAGUCUUGGUGGUCAAAUUGCAGGUAUCAUGGCAAAUUUCAUGACAUCAGGACGCCUAGAACGGGUCACAGGUCUCGACCCUGCGUUCCCCCUUUUCACAACACUUGACAACAGUAAGAAGUUGGACAGUGGUGAUGCCAAAUUCGUGGACGUACUACAUACGAACGCAUUACAAGCUGGCAAACUAGAACCGUCCGGUACAGUGGACUUCUACGCCAAUGAUGGCUCAGUACAACCUGGUUGUACUAACAUUUCUCUGGAUAAUAGUAAGUGUUCGCGUAGUCACGAUCGAGCACCAAUGUAUUACGCAGAGUCAAUAAAUACACAAACUGGGUUUUACGCGAAGAAGUGCUCCAGCUUGCUCGCCUACACGACGGGUCUUUGUGGCUCUGAGGAAAUACUCUUUGGCGAAUAUGUGCCUCUUAAUGCCAAGGAUAUAUACUUAUUCACCACGAACUCUAUGUCUCCGUAUGCGAGAGGACGGAUCAAAUAA